CGAGUAUGAUGCUUCCCUCUAUUGUGUUUCGGCCAAGUUGCUGGUUCAACGGAGACGUAGAAAAUGGGGGCUUACUGAAAUUUGUGGUAUCUCAAUGGAAUAGGUUCAGGGCCCCCAAAUAAACACUUAUUAAUGAUUGCUCUGAUUCUUUUACCAUUGGAUUGAACUCUCAGGGCUUUGCAACAAAAUUGAGGGGCAAUGAAUGCUGGAACUGCUGCACAUGGUUUCUGGCGAGCAGAGGACACCAGUUUUGUUUUGCUGAAGGGACUGCUCCAAGUGCAGGUUCUUAUAACGUGCAGGUAGAAAUGCCAGGCAACAAGUGGCUCUGUGGCCCCUAAAGGUAAGGUGUGCCACUCUGCCAGCAUGGGUGGAGCACUGAGUAAUUUCUUCCAGUCAGGAAGUGCACUUCUGUCAGCAGGUAAUCAUCGUGGUGUCUCGGAACAGGCGCGCAACAAAGUGCACAUCAUAUUUGACGCUCUCAGGGCCAAUCCUAGAGUAACUGUUCAGAGACUGGAAGGUCUGCUGUCAGAAAUACCAAAGAAUGAAAACAUCAUGUUAGUCCACAAUGAAGAAGGAUAUAACCUCCUCCAGAAAUGUGUUGGAAUUAACAAUAUUGAAAUGGUUCGGUGGAUCUUGUCUCGAAAUCCAGAUGUCAACAGAGGUGCGUGCUCGUUACCAUUGCAUAUUGCAAGCUUCAAAGGGUACGAUGGCUGCGUGGAGAUUCUGUUGAAGUAUGGAGCAAAGGUGGACGUUGAAUCACGUAUGUGCUGGCCAGGUCCUCACAACCAAAACUGCGAGGAGAGAGGCAAAUAUUGUGUGCAAGAUGAGUCCAUGGCUGACAGGUCAAGUGAUAAAUUACAGGGUUCGCUUUUCUAUGCAAUUGAUGGUGACCAGGUGGAUACUUUAGUGGCAUUAUUAGAAGAUGGAGAAGACCGCUGGUCACCAUGGCAACAGAAGCGACCCCUGUUGCAGAUUGCUUGUGAACGUGGGGCAUUUAACUGUGUGAAGUUUCUAGUGUCACAUAGGUCUGAAGAGAUAAAUCAGUGCUAUGAUGAAUAUUACCCCAUCCACCAGGCGGCAUUACAUAAUAUUAAAUUUCUUGAUCUUCUGAUAACCUCUGGCGCAGAAACAAAGGUUCGUACUGCAACUCAGCAAAUGACAGUGUUGCAUAUAGUGUUCCUUAUUGGUCGAAAGUCUGCUGAGGACACUCUUCAAACCUGCAAGCUUCUUUUGGAACAUGGUCUCCGUGAACUGAUCAAUGAACCUGAUUCAUUGGGCAACACUCCUUUGCAUGGCCUGAUUGUAAGAUAUGCUUUGGAAGAGGCACGCUAUGGGUAUGACCAUGAAAAUCAGCCUUGGAACAAAUGGGAUGUCUUGCAUCUGGUGCGAUAUCUUCUGCAGAAUGGUGCUCGUCCUUCUAUAAACCAACCUGGUAAUAGUGCACUUGCUUGUGUAUUGAGGCAUGUUCGGGAUUGGGAAUUCCGUUAUGAAUUACUCAGUAUGUUGCUUCAAGAAGGAGGAAAUCCGAAUGUUGUCGGAAGAGAUGGAUCUGUACCCCUCAUGGUGUGUCUAGUGCCACUAAUCAACAAGGAUCCUCUGCAUCACUUUACUCACACUAUGAAAGUUUGUUACCUGAACUGUGUACGGAUUCUUUGUAAACAUGGUGCGAAUCCUAACUGCUCAUCACGAAGCAAUCUCACCCCACUCCACGUGCUGGUGUUCACUGCUAGUGAAAACAUUGCUCUUAAUCGUGAAGAGGAGAAAGCUCAGAACUUUGAAUUCAUUCGAAAUCUUCUGGUACUGUUGUUACAGUAUGGUCUUGAUCCUAACGUACGUUUCUCUCAGAGAACUCAGCAUAUUCUUCAGUCAAUCAUGGACAUGGUUAAAAAAGCUCGUAGUCCGUCGGACAUUAAUCAUGUGUAUGAUCUGACUUUAACUUUAAUACAGUAUGGUGCAAAUCCAAAUAUAAAUAUUUCAACUUCAGAAUCAAUGGCAAUUUGUCAUUCACAGUCAUCAUUGUUCUUGAAGAAGUCAUCAAAUCAGGUUCUGUAUUAUUACGUAAUGUUGAUAUGCCGUAAAGAGGAUCUUCUCCUGGAUCCACAGCAGAGAUUUGCACGCAUAGUGUGGCUGUAUUAUUUGUGUAUGAACCAUCGAGAGUUAUUUGCAUGUCUUAAGGUGCUAUAUACUCAGCAGACUGGACUGGUGCCAGUGCGUGGGAGUGCGCUCUGUAAUUUGGUGCGUGAAUUAUACGCACGACCAAGGACGCUCAAGCAGAUCUGCCGUGUAGCCAUCUGUGUUGCUCUAGGAAGACGCCCAGGAAUGCAUGUAAAUAAACUACCUUUGCCAGCACCACUCAAAGAUUACAUACUCAGUUUUGAACCAUAAAGUCAUUAUUUUCUAAUUUGCUGCAUUUCCCUUGCCUUCAUCCAUGUCUUAUUUUCAAAAAAAAAAAAAAAACAUUUACCGUAUCACAGUGCCAUGAUUCAUAAUGAUUUAACCAUAUUGUAGCUGUUUGUUCUUUUAAAUUCCGUAAUAGACGAACGUCUGGAAUAUACUUAUUUUGUCCCCGAAAUUGUGAAGCCAAUCAAGUCUAUAGAAAUGUGCUUUGGAUGCCUAUAAAUUUCACAAACAAAAAUGCAGAAAUGAAAAAUGUUGUAAAAUAAGGUAAAGAAAAUUAACACCAGUUAUAAUCUGAUGUACACAUAAGCAGACAAUCGACUAUUUACUUCUGUGAUGAGAUGUGGGUCAGCCCGAUAUAAGAUGAGAUGGAAAGACAGUUUUCCUUGAAAGCAGAACAAGCCUAUGAUCCUAUACUUUUUGGUCCAUGAUGAUGAUUUUUGUUGUGUGAGGACUGAAAAUUUUAUUUCAAUCCCUGUACAAAACAAAUAUUUAAGCUUGGGUAUAGUCGUACAAAUAUGUACAAGGUCUGACACUAAAAUACUGAGGCAGAUUCUGCAAGCAUUUUUUUUAUUGGUGUUAUCACCUUCAACAAACUCUUCUGACUUCAUACACAUCCUAGCAUCUCUGUUGUGCCUGGAAACACCACUGGAAAUUAUUUUCUGUUUGUGGUUUCAGAACUAUCAACAGUUUGUACGGAUUAUCGUCAGUUGAUUCAAAAUACAAUACUUUAACUUAAAUUUUCAAUUAUGGGAGCAUGAAAAAUUCAUAUGGGGGCAAAGAUCUAGUGAAUUUGUUGGGUGUUCCAAUUCUAGUAUUUGGUUUUUGGCCUUGCCUUGUGGAGAAAGCUAUAUUAGAAGGUAUGUUAUGAUGCAAAAUCCACUUGUCCAAUUAUAGGUUCAGAAAAUUUGUAAUUUUGCUUUUGUGUUAUGUAGGAUGACCCACAUCACAUCACAGCCUACAGUUUCUUUUCCAGAACAUUGGUUUUUCCAAAAAGCAUUUCUGUAAAGUAUAAAUAAAUUUCUUUCUUUCUCAGUUCUUACAUAUCACUAAGAUUUUUCAGCUCUGUCUUUAUGGAAGAUAUGUUUAUGUACUAAGUUUUGGCCAGAAUCAGUCUGACUGUUUCUGUUCUCAUGUUUAUUUAACUGUUAACUUUUGAACUGUGAGUUGACAAUCAUAUCCCAGUACUUGGUACUUUUUGCACAUUUGAAUCAGUUCUUAACCUUGCUUGGUGGUUGGAUCAUUUAUCAGCAUUGCAUUUUCUCUUCCAUCUUAAAGUCUCUUAACAUAAUAGAAUCUUGUGCUGUACACAUUUCUUUUCCAUAAACUUGUAGCAUUUUGUAAAAUGAAAUUCUUUUUUUUUUUUUUUACUAAUUCCACUAUAAAUUUUGUGUCAAUUCUCUGUUUAAGAAUGUAUCAUUCCUUUUCUUGAGAAAGGAACAAAACACUGCUUCAAUACAAUGCUUGUUGCUACUGCAGAAUAAACUAAACAUAUGUAUUUA